AUGGAAAGAGAGGAGAAGGAGGGAAAGCGUGAUGUUCGAUCCAAGUGGAAGGGAGACUAUUCUGGGGGGAAUAGGUCGCAAUGUGGAAAGCCUUUCUACUCUGAUAGGCAUGAUCAUUACAAUGAAUAUGAUGGCAUAAGAAGAAGAAAAAUAAACCAGCAUCAAGGAAAUUUCAUUCGAUAUAGAGAAAACGGAAAUUAUCUAGGACGCACAUCUCACGCGCCACACUCAAGAACUUGGACACCACGUGGGCCAUAUCCCAGUAACACAUAUGAAACGAGAGAAGGGAGAAGCUAUGGAAUAGAGCGCUCAUUGAGAGGAGGCGAGGAAUAUGAAAGACCAGGAGGGCAUUCUUACAGGAAUGAAAAGUAUGGACUGAAAGCAAAGAGGAAUGGAUCGCCUUCAAAAGCAAUUGGGGUAUUUGGACUGGGAGCCUAUAUAACCGAGGACGAUGUCAAGAAUUUUCUCAAAGAAAGGAUUAGUGGAAUAACGAACUAUAAGGUUGUAAUAGUCUAUGACAAGUAUAGUGGAUUAUCCAAGGGAUAUGGCUUCAUUCAAUUUGACACGCUUGAUGACGCGAUAACCGCUAAGAACAAGUUGUUAGGGCAAACCAUCAAAGGAAAAGAAAUAAGAAUUGAUUAUUCCAUCGAGUGA